UGUUUGACCUGACCAUGCUUGGCAGCCAGCCAUAUCAGCAAUUUGUUUCCUUCUAACUAUUUAAUUCUAAAUCAUUUUUCGCAAUGCACUUGAUAACAAGUGCUGUGUUUGCACUGAUUUUCGUUCUUUCUUACCCUAAUGUGCAAGCGGCAACCCAAGAUGUGAAAUGUGGCGCACACAGAUUCGAGCGUACUGCCGACGGAUUGGUCAGCAUAUGGCCUUGGCAUGUGGCCCUUUACAAUAAAUCUAUGGAUUACAUUGCCGGGGGGUCGAUCAUCAACGAGUGGUUUGUUCUGACGGCUGCUCAUGCAACAUUCCGCGAUGGCAGGACUCCCCUGCAACCGGAUGAACUGGCUAUUGUAAGCGGAUGUAGAGAUUUGCGGUUCUUCGGCGAUGAUGCACAGCAGCACGAAGUGGCGGAAAUCAUUCGUUAUCCACUUUAUAAUGUACGUACGCGGAUGAACGAUGUGGCAUUGCUAAAAGUGAAAUCAAUAAUUCGGUUCAAUUUUCACGUGGCGCCAAUCUGCUUGUGGCCUGACGGAGGUCCCACUUUGGAGUCGAUUGCGCAACGCCAAGACCAAGGAAUUGUGGUCGGGUGGGGUCUUUCGGUGAACGGGACCUUUUCUCACCUUCUAAGAGAAACCAGUUUAUCAUUAAUCGGCUUUGAAAGCUGUGCUGAGCAUACCAAAUCGUUCCAACCUUUGUUGGCAAAAGGUAGAAAUUACUGCGCAGGCAAUCGAGGAGGAGCAAGUGUUUGCAAGGGAGACAGUGGUGGAGGGAUGUUUUUCCUCAUCGAUAGAACUUGGCACAUACGAGGAAUCGUCAAUCAAGGAACCCCUACGCAGGACACCCGAUACCUUUGUGACCCCAAGAAAGAUGUUCUGUUUAUGGACGUCACGUACUACCGAAAGUGGAUCGAACGACACGCCGACCCGGAACGCCAUAACCUGUUGGGCUUGAAGCAAUGCGGAAUGGGACAUUAUGAUGAAACUAAUGUGAGACACAACAAGUUUGUGCAUUCGGAACGCCAUCCGUGGGUUGCCCAUUUGUAUUACUCGUAUCGGAACGAAAUAAACGUGAGUGAUUGUCACGCUGUACUAAUUCACCCGGAAUUCGUGCUCGCGCCUGCGAGGUGUGUCUACCACAAACCUGAUAGGAAAUUACUACAUGUGAUUCUCGGCGAAGAACUGAUCGGCCCCAACCCUCUGAGUUCAGAUUACAACUUUCAAACCGUUAGGGUUUCUGAAGUUUUUAUGGAUGGUCGGUUCGACUUUGAAAAAUAUGGCUACGAUGUCAGUAUAUUGCAUUUGGCCAAGCAAGUGAAGAUUGGAAAUAACACACGUCCAGUGUGCUUACCGUCCUUAUAUGAACAUUCGCCGUACUUUAAUUUGGCGGCGUGGUAUCGCCGUGACAGCCACCCAAAAGCGCUAAAAUCAACCCUCAUGAGAUCGAUUCGGUUCAACUUCUGCAGCACUCAGUACAAAAAGCAGCUAAUCAACAUCACGGAACAUGAUCGGCUCAAUUGUUUCCAGCACUGUGAUAUAUCCGACAUUGUGCAAUCCGAUGGAACACACAGUUGUGAGUACAGCGAGGAAAAGCAUUGCAAGAUACCCAUAUCGGGAGCACCGCUGUUCUAUACGAAACACGACGGUAUAAACACCUACACCUACCUUUUCGGGAUGCGAUCGUUCGGUUCCGCAGACUGCAUUGCACAGAUGAGCGAAGUUUACAGCGAUGUUGUUGGUAUGGGACCGUGGAUAAAACGCAUGGUGGAGAAGCAUACUCGAACCAGUGCCGUUGGUAGGUUGGGAUGACAUUUGAAUUGCAACUGCAAGCCAACAAGUGAUUUACGAUGAGUUAUGAAAUAAAAAUAUAAUACAGAAUAUAAAUUAACUAAGUUCUGAUUCAAAUUUGAAAAUAUACCAUAAAUGUAAUCCAUGAUUUCAUAAACUAUUUUUAUGAAACACAUCCAAUGCGUUACAAUUUAGUUCUACUUUAGUCAAAUAGCAAUACAUUUCUGC